GAGGGCGCUCUAGAUGCGGAUGCCAGGGAGUACUGCUUGCAGGCCUUGGCACCUUUGUCGGCCGAGCUGGACGCAGAGGAGGUGAGAGCCAUACGAAAAGCCUUGGAGACAGGUUCCAAGGACAAGUCCACCGGAACGGUCAGCAAGACCAUCCAACAGGACGAACUCUUGGACUGCGAUCUCAUGAACUUCCUCGAAGGGAGGAGUCUUGAUGCAUUUGAUCUUUUGGACCGGCACGGCCGGCAGCUGGGGCUGGCAGCCCUGGCGAAACAUGUGCCCGAAGCGGAUCAGUUCCCCUUGCAGAUCAUGCUCAAAGAGGCAACAACGGGUAACACAGCCGGAUCUUUCGCUUCAUUGCCCGAAUCCGCUCCGCCAAGCUCUCGUCGAGAUCUAGGAUCCGACCGUCGUUCCAGCGUGCCUGCUGCAGCAGGUCAAAGUGUGGAAACUCUGGAGGCCACAGGUUCCACUGACAAGCUGGAGCUGCCUCGUGAUGCUGCGCUUGUGAAGACCUUGGGGGAGAUUUGUGGAGCCAAGGAGUUGCCACGCUUGCAAGUUCUCCUGGGAGAGGGAGAAGAUGGUGAACUUGAUACGGUCACCGCCUGCAUCGUAGCCAUCUUGGAUCACUUCGUCUUGCAGUGUGAGGAGAAGGAGUCAGUGGAAGAGCCGCAUGCUUUGAGCACCACCAAGAGAGGUUCUAAGGUGACCUUCGCACCCACACGAGAGUGUCUGCGCAGUGAGCCUUCCAAAUUGCAGGAACUGCAGCCUUUGAUCGGCCAGUUGGAACGCCUGGUGAAGGGUGGUGCUGAUGGCAUGGUCCGCGGUGGCGUGGGCGGGGCUGCAGCAGAUCAGCCGCCCAAUGCACAGGUCUCGGUGGAGGAGGUCCGUGUGCGCGCAGCGCGGAUCCUGGUGCGGAUCAAAGCGUCUUGCGAGGUGCUAAGCACUGUGCCGCUGAAUGACUUUGGUGUGGCAGCCCAGAAGCAAAAAUUUUUGGGCGUUGAAAUCAUCGAAUCAACUGACGAGUCAAAGACGUGGCGGGCUACCUUUGAAUUAGCUCUCCUUCGGGUGAUGACGACUAGUGGACCGUGA